AAUUCGUUCAUAUCUGUGAGUUCGAGGGCGGAAGUUAUUCACAACAGUUAACACAUGCGUGUGAUCAUAUUUACUUUGGGAUGUUAUUUGAUUGACUUAACCUAUUGAGUUUUCAUAGGAAAAGUACAUAAAAGAUGACGGCCCAGGAGGUGCGUCUGUGUGGACUCCUUCUGCAGGAGCAUUUUGGGGAGGUAGUGGAGAAAGUUGGCACUCAGCUCAUCAGAAGUGGAGCGCUCAUACUGCGAGCCAUCGUCCAUGAGUCCAACGUGCCCCUCGACUUGGUGAAGAAGUCUCUGUGUGUGCUGGUGCAGCACGGCAUGUGUGUGUUUGGCGGCGGGCGGCGGGGCCCCGGGGGGCCGGUGGAGUACCGUGUGUGUGUGGAGCGCGUGCUGCACAUGCUGCGCUACCCCCGCUACAUCUACACGGCCAAGAGCCUCUACGGGGACACGGGCGAGCUCAUCGUGGAGGAGAUCCUGCAGCGCGGCCAGAUGACCAUGACCUGCGCCGUCAAGACCGUGGCUGACCGGCUCACACACAACAUGGAGGAUGGCUGCAGUAUGGACUACAGUGAGGUGAUCUCGGCCUUCUCCAACUUGGUGGAGACUCACUUCCUGCAGCGCUGCCCCCUAGCGGCUGAGCAAGGAAGCGCACCUCCCACCACAUCAAGCACAGUAGAAGCUGCUCCAGCCCCACCUGCCAUCACAUGCCCCCCAACACCUGAAAGUAACCCCGACUGCUACAGACUGCCUCAGAUGAACCUCCGAGGUCGAGGCAAGCGGCAGCGCUCCGGUGAGGAUGGAGAGGACCAGAGAGGGGGGAAGCGAGCCAAACUGGAAAACGGAGAGGCGGUGGGUGAUGAGGGUAUCUAUUGGCAGGUCAACUUUGAGCGUUUCCACCUGCACUUCAGGGAUCAGGCCAUCAUCAGUGCAGUGGCCUGCAAGCUGGACCAGACGAGCAGUGAGAUUGUCCGGACCAUGCUGAGGAUGAGUGAGGUCACAACUCAGCCUGGUGCUGGCCACACACAACCUCUCUCGGCCAAUGAGAUUUUUCGAGCCCUUCCCCCGAGUUACAGCAUUGGCAGACCUGUUUUGGAUCAGUACCUCAGCUUGCUGGUGGAUGACCCGAUGGAGUUUGUUGGAAAGUCAGGAGACAGUGGUGGAGGGAUGUAUGUCGUCAACCUGCACAGAGCGCUGGCCAACCUGGCAAGAGCAACCCUGGAGUCUGUGGUGCAGGAGAGAUUCGGGUCGCGGUCGGCUCGCAUCUUCCGCUUGUUGCUACGGAAACGGCACCUGGAGCAGAAGCAGGUGGAGGACUUUGCCAUGAUUCCAGCCAAGGAGGCCAAAGACAUGCUGUACACACUACUCUCAGAAAACCUGGUGCAGCUGCAGGAAAUCCCGAAGACCCCAGACCACGCCCCCUCCCGCACCUUCUACUUGUACACGGUCAACCAGCUGCCCACAGCCAGGAUGCUGCUGCAGCGAUGCUACAAGACAGUGGCCAACCUUAUAGAGAGACGGCUCUUUGAGAGCAAGGAGAACAAGCGUCACCUGGAGAAGUCCCAGAGGAUCGAGGCGAUCCUGGCGUCGCUGCAGGCCACGGGGGCGGAGGGCACACAGCUGCAGGAGGUGGAGGAGAUGAUCACCGCCCCCGAGAGGCAGCAGCUCGAGGCGCUACGCCAUCACAUCAACAAGCUGGACUCCAGUGAGAACCAGGUGGAUGAGACCAUAUUCCUGCUGGAGUCCUACGUCAGGUCCACAGGCACCUCCCGCUGACCCGGAGGACGGGGGGAUGAGAGAGAGAGAGGGAGAGAUGGAGAGAAAGGAGGACAAGAGAUGGAGAGAGAGAGGAACUCACUGAUGUGUUAUAUGUCAUGUCAUGUGUCAAGAGUUCCCCUAGUGUUCCUGUUGGGAAGCGGAGACGGCCCCGGGGGUGGUGAGGUCAUACAGUGUGGGGGGGAAUUUUAGAGAUGCAUUGACCCUGAUAGCACCACACUAUGGGUGGGCUCUCGGCCAGACUCUCUCUAGAUGAGGACCGUAUUUGUCCACUGCCAGUCUGAAUAUACUCCACAUCAUUAUUUCUUUGAAUGCGUUUGCCAAUAAAAUAUUUUGAUUUUGUU